AUGUUCCGAAGCCCAGUGGGCCCUCCGGUGCUCCCACUUUUGUUGGUAUUGGCAGCAGUGUUGCCGUGGGUCGUGGGUCAGCACUAUGAGGUGGUGACCCCUCGACCACCAGGAAAUAAAAAUCAGUGCCUUUCAGGCUGGCUUCCGAUUCUAUUAGGAUGUGUCCUUCUCGUAGCCACUUGGAUGACCAAUUGCACCCUAUUGGGGGGCGUCUUUCAAGUGAUAGCGAACCCUGGAGUUGUGAGAGUUGCUUACUACUUCGUUGGCUCCCAGACUAUUGCUUCACUCAUCUACUCAACACUGAAUCUUCCUCCUGGAUUGCUUAUUCUCCUCUUCGGUUAG